AUGUCUGAGUUACCCUUUAUCUUCAAAAUCUCAAAAAUAUCGAUAGUUCAUAAGCAUCCUAUAGUCCACGGGGACCUCACCCCAUUGAAUGUUCUGAUCGACGAUGACGAAAGGGCCGUACUGACUGACUUUGGCCUCUCCGUGAUAUUGGGCGGCUUUACCAAUUUGUCGGUCACAUACACCGAUGCAAAGAUAGGAGGAGCACUAGCCUGGGCGGCCCCAGAGUUAUUCCCCGACCACCAGGCCGAUAGUAAGGGGCCGAAUCCAAGCCCAUCAAGUGACGUGUACUCUUUCGCAUGCCUAAUGUACCUGAUUUUUACCGGAUCCCGCUUGUGGCCCGAUAUCACGGGACUGAACACUAUGAUGCGUGCAAAGACGGGCCGUAGGCCUUCUAAUCCUGGCACUAUUGACACCCGAUAUUGGAGCUUGAUUGAGCAGUGCUGGGCUGAACUGCCAAGUUCACGUCCAAAGAUCAGCGACGUUCUUGCUGCGGUUGUGAGAUAUUUGAACGAUGAUGGCCAGAAAUAUUGA